AUGAUUGAUUAUCGGCCUAAUCAGAAUGGAAUACAUUACAAAUGUAUGUCUCCAUACAUACAUGCAUGUACAUGCGUGCACUCAAACGCAGUAGCAACAGUAACAAUUAAUCGACGACGGCAGUUGCAUGCAGCAUGCAUUUCUGCAUCCCUUAAUUGUCUCCUGGAUUACACCACGAAACCAUUGCUUAUUGAAUUCGAAAGUUGUGCAAGAAGGCAAACAGUUGUUCAACACCACCUCCAUCCCAUCCCCAUUCCUUCCUUAUCUCCGGUAACUGCUGCAACCGAUAUUCCUGGCACAGCAAGCACCAUACGAACCCUUCCUCUACGUUUUUGCUGCCGCCUCUCAGCCUCCUCGUGUAUUCCAUUCGACCCGGACGGUAAUAAACAAUUUUUUCUAAUGAAUUCGAGUUCGAAAGUUCAACAUCACUCACAGUCCUCUACACGUCUGUACCCCUUCUCUUUAUUCCUGACCAAUUAA